AUCAUUGUAUAGAAUACUAAACACUACGUAAGGUCCGCCAUUUCUACUCUCUUGUGCAAACAGAGAAAAGGGCAAAGAUACAGAGUCAACGGUUACUAUUUCAACCCAAACCUACCUAGGACAACCCUUAAGUUGAUCCCUCAACAGUUCUUAAGGUUUCCCUGGAGUCCCAAGAAGAACUUUUCCGCAUACUUUCACCGAUCGGGGAUUUAAUAGGAAAGCCACAACAAGUUUCAUAGCGAAAUGUCCGCAGUAGUGUACGGCGCCCCCCUCCCACCCCAGGCCGCCGCCCGGCGGGAUGACGACAUGAUGGUGGGAGCAGCCCUCAUGCAGAACUUCCUCAGGAACCUUCCCAGGAGCACCUUCGUGAUCGAUCCGGGGACCAGGAAGAUCGUGCACGAUCCGCAGAUGGCGAACGUCUGUGUGGACAUGCCUGUGUUCGCCAACAGGCUGGGAAGGAAAAUCCGCGUGGAGUCCGUGGAGGCACUGCAGUCCCUACGUGAACGGCUAGUCGGCGCUCCGCUGUGGAUGCAAGCAGACGCCUGCAGGAGCAGUACCAACCACUAUGUCAUCGUCAGGGUUACCAAACAUCUGAAAGCGAGUUUUAUGCUGAUGGUGAACACACGUCACCCAUACGUCAGGAGACAGCUGGACCAAGGCUUCGAGCUCGCCUACGAAAAGAUGUUGGAGGGGAAGAAGUUUGACAUGAAGAUCAGUCUAAACGCCCUGGUUAAGCAGUUCUACCGCGACGUGCUGGGCGAAGAGGGAAUGUACGCAACGUUCAGGUGUUCUGGCGCGUCACUGCUCAUCGCGGGCCGUCCACAAGCGCCCUCUAGCGGUUCAGGUUGCAAGUUCUUCUGCGGAUGUAACGACGUGCGGGUGGACCUUCAAGGAAAGAUUGACUUGAUAGAAUUCUCCAGCCCCUUGGUACUCCUGGAGAGGCUGGCAGGAAGGCUGUCGGUGCCACCUCCCAUGCCUCCCGCCCAGCCCAUGGCACCGCCGCCCUACUCCCCUACACCGCAAGGCUACAUGCAAGAAGCGCCACCGCCGUAUCCAGGCAGCCCGACCACGCCUAACAACCCAUGGGCCAAUCAGCAAGCGUAUAUUGACAUGGCGCGGAUAUCAGCUGUGAACUCCUCCCAAGGGAAUAACACCCAUACGGAGUCGGAUAUGGCUUCCCUUCUAGAGUGAUAUGACCUGUAAUUAUAAUGUGCCGUACUUCGUAUUGUAUACAAACUACAAAUAGCAAAUAUCAAAGGGCCCAGGGUAGAGAUGAUAUUAUACUUGCAACCAUUCCAGGUGUGUGAUAAAGUUAUGAUUUUUUGUAAAGGGGCCUAAAUGUAAAGUUUGGUGUAUUUCUAGACCGAACAUAUCUAAAAGAAGAUUACUGUGAAUGCAGAAACUUUCGCGGUGGUUUAAUGUUCGCGAGCCACAAGAACUCUUUCGCUGCACCUUUUCCUCUUAUAAUAUGAUAUGCAAUCAAUAUGUAUAAAUGUAUAAAUAACCAUAUACGUAAGGACGGUGGUUAAAAUAUACUUUUUUUGUGUAUGUUAUCAUAAAUACGUUAUUUGCUGUUCUAAGGUAUUAGUUAAUCAUAAAAAUAAAUUAAGGCAAUAUAUUUUUCAAUACUCCCUUUUGAAAGUGAGUGGUAUGAUCACCUGUAUUAAGUCAAUGUUCAAUAGCA